UGCAUUCUUGUGGCGUCGGUUUCAACUGGCUUGUUUUUAAUUGCUGGCUUAUAUUCCGGAGCAAAAUGAACCGCCGCAAUAAGCGCACAUCUUAUUACCAGUACGAGAUCUAUCUGGACUUCAUGGAAGAGAAUCCGCUGAUGUCGGCCAACAAAUUGAGUCGCACUCUGGACGCAAAAAAAUGGAAGGAGCUGAGCGAUCAGCUGAACAAAUGCACCAAUGGUCCCACAUUGUCGCCCGAAGAAUGGCGAAAGCGACUGAAUGACUGGAAGAACAGUACGCGCUCCAAAUAUCGUCGCAGCAUUAGCUCGGAUGAUAAGAAUAUAACUCCGCUGGAAAACCGAGCUCUGCAAAUUUUCUCCCUUGAACCGACAUAUCGAGAGCUCCCUGCUUCAGCGGGUUUUCAAGAAGUGGAGGAGGAGGAGCAUGUGGAGGACGAAGAGGAGGAUUUGGAGGAGCACGAAGAGGAUUACGAGCAGUACCACGAGCUUGUAACACCAGAGGAAAUUCACCCCACGAUUAUUAAUGGACACAAUACCGUUAAAAGGAUAAGGCUGGAAGGUCCCGGGGAGAUCUUUUACCAAGUAACGAAUAUAGCAACACCCGUGCAGUCCGCCAUAAGUGACCCCAUCGCCUCCUUUGGCAAACAAAUCGAGAAGCAGUUGAAACGCAUUUCGGACAUUCACGAGGCCUCUUUGCAUUUCAAGAUAGCCCGCUUCAAGUACAAUAAUCCCGGAUUUGAGUAUGUCCCGGAAUUAUAGCUCCAGUGUAACUAAUAGUCUUUUGUACAAUCUAGUAUGUAAGCAUUGAGGGACCUGUUAAUUCUGCGAAGAAUUAAGGGUCUUCGGUUGAUAGUUUAAAUUAGUUCAGAGAAACGAUCGAUGCAAACGAAAGUAAUGAUUUUGAACUAUAAAUGUUUAUUUAAAAAAAUAUUACUCGUUAUAAGCGCAGUUGUAUAGGCAGAUUAUUCGACAAUCUAUUAUAUCGCACAUAGUUUUAAGUUGAAAAUAUUGAUUAAAUACAUACGUAAGUUUCCAUUUUGGUUUGCCAAAAAAUAGAUUGAUUGUCACUUAUCGACUUGACAUCUUUUAAUGACGAAAAUUGAAAAUACUGUAUAUUUUAAUAAUGAAUUGAAAAACAUAUGCUUUAACGGAAAAAAUAUUCUAUUUGUAUUCUUUAAUUUUCGGGGACCCAAAAUCACUGUACUUUUUAUAAAUAUCUUUGUGAUAAAAAGUGUAU